AUGCAGCAGCCUCCGAAAGUGAUCGACCUGCACUACAAAACGGAUGAGGAGCAGCCUGCAAAUACGUACGUCGGCAGCCUCAAGCGUGACGCCAACUUGGAUCGAUUUUACAGUUCCAACAUAACGUCGUUACUGCAGUACAAAUUCCUUAAACGGCAAUCUAACCUCUUCACUCUCAACGCGCACACAGGUGUUUUGAAAACUGCUGUGAAAAUAGAUAGAGAGACGGUCUGUCCUGUUCGAAUGGACGUUUGUAGCGUCAAAUUGGAUGUGGCCGUCCAACCGAUAGAAUACAUAAAAAUUAUUCGAGUAGUUGUGGUGAUUGUUGAUGUGAACGACCACACUCCAUCAUUUGCAUCGCCCGUUCUUGAAUUUGAAAUUAACGAAAGCACCGCUCCAGAUUCCGCCUCACUCACCAACACUGCAAUUUCAAAAAACAGUUUGUCGCCCUCCCAAUUGAAUUAUUUUGACGUCGACUCUGAAAUUGAUACUAGCCCUGCAUUCAACGUUAAAAUAAAAGUGACGAAAAAGUUAGAUCGAGAAGUUAAAUCUGUCUACCAUUUGGUGGUAAGCGCCAUUGAUGGUGGAGGCAAACGAGGCAGCGUCAAAGUUGUCGUCAAUGUCAUCGACGCCAAUGAUAACAUUCCUACUUUUGAACGCACGCACUAUGAAGUAUCCAUCAAAGAAAAUGUACCCAUAGGUUAUCUCGUUGAAACUGUUAAAGCCACCGACAAAGAUGAUGGUUUGAACGCUGAAAUAAUUUACUCGCUAGAGUCGGGCGGAGUGGUGACCAGGUCAAAAAGCAAAAAAAAUAUUGCAUCGUCAUCUGUGGCACUACCGUUUCAAAUAGACAACAAAACUGGAGCAGUCUUCACGUCCGGUGUCAUUGACUUUGAGGAAGUUAUAAUGUACCGCUUGAUAAUAUCGGCUCGUGAUAUGGGACCUGACGCUGUUCAAGUAAGCGUACCACUCACUGUCUAUAUUGAAGAUGAAAAUGAUAACUCGCCGGAGAUAUCCUUUCACACGCUCUCUUCAAGACCUGGAGAAGCAGAGGUCUCGGAGAACAUGAAAAUUGGCACGUUUGUGGCUUAUGUUUCAGUUUUCGACGCUGACCAUGGUUUGUUAAGCUUAUAUUUUUAUAUUCAUGUCUUUUUUUAUUUAUACGCAUCAAGCGAUGCGUUCUUCAUUCUGAAGAAGAUGAACAACAGGGAGUUUCAAAUUUUGACGGCAGCCGUUUUCGAUUACGAGAAAAUAAGAGAGUUUCAUUUGAGCUUCAUAUGUUCCGACAAUGGAGAUGUCCCAAGAACGUCCUCGCAAGCUCUCAAGGUCAACGUCACAGACCUCAACGACAACAGUCCUCAAUUUUCAAGCCAAAAGUAUAGGGUUUCCGUUAAAGAAAAUAACGAAGUGGGCAAGCAGAUCAUUCAGCUGGCAGCUUCUGAUAGGGACUCCAAUUUGAAUGCGGUUAUAACUUACUCUCUGACCAUCAAGGAAGCGCCUGCAAACAGCAUCUCAGAGGAUGCGGUCUUCUUGAUCAACAACGAAACUGGCCUCAUCACCGUUGCCGCUUCAUUGGAUCGUGAGAAACAAGACAAGUACCUAUUGGAGGUUACCGCUCAAGACGGUGGUCAGCCGGCCAAGUAUGACGUGGCGUACGUGCAUGUCACCGUGCAAGAUGUCAAUGAUGAAAAUAUGAAAGCUCACAACAGAACCUACCUCCAUAAAAAUAAUUUGUUCUACGUUUCAACAAGCGUUCAACGCAACGAUGUCAUCGUACGAGUCGUAGCCAGCGACCUCGACAGUGGUGAGAACGGGCGAGUAACUUACGAAAUUAUAUCGUGCAUUGAAACUGACGAUGCUUCGUUGAAAAAUCAUAACCAAAUAACAACUGAAGUUGGCAGCAUUUUUAGUAGCAGUAAUCAAAACUUCACUUAUGAACUGACCAUCUUAGCCAGUGACCACGGCAACACCAGUCUGUCUGCUCUAAUUAUAUUGCGCAUUUUCGUCAACGAAUCGUACACGCGAACAGGCCACUUAAUCGUUAAAAAGGAAGAUGUUCACUUGAAAGUCGUCAUCGCAUUCUUCUGUGGUCUGGCAUUAGUAAUAUUUGUUUUGUUGUUU